GGCUUUGAACCUUUUCCUGGUGAGAUUGUCCGGCUGGGAUUGCUCGGAUCGCGCAGUCUUCUUCCUGGGGCGCAACACCUCAUUGGGUCAUCAGAGCGAUGGAUUCUUCGCCCUCUUUCGGGGUCUCAAGGCGAGCAUCGCGGGAAAUUUUACUUCCUACCUGAUGGAGGCAGCUAUGGCGGCGAUGGGUCUGGAAACUCGCAAACUCACUCAUACGACUGGGACUUCUGUGAAGGAUGUGUCAUGGAACUUGCUAGUCAGAAGCAUCCGAUUGACCUUGAAUCUGGUCGUCACGCAGCCGUUUACUGUAGUCUUGACUCGCCAGAUCGCCCAGUUUAUAGGUUGCGAAAAUGUCUACAAAACUAUGGGCCAAACCAUCUUCAAGAUAUUCACCGAAGAAGGCGUGGCCGGUUUCUACGCCGGCUUUGUGCCCCGCCUGCUGCGCAAUAUAGGCAUCAUGGCAGUCACCACUGUCGCGACGGCUCUCUUCUUCCACUAUGGGCCGCAACACAGCACCAUUCAGGUACUCAACGAGGUAAUAGUCAAUAUUUCGUCCUCGUACGCUCUGCACCCGUUGUCAGUGGUGGGCACCUGUAUGGAUGUUCAAGGGUCCCCCUUGGCUGCUGCAAUGCCGUCUCAAAUGCCGCACUAUGAACACUGGACUAAGUGCUUCUAUGAUAUAUAUCAAGGUAGUGGAUUCUACCACCGUGGGGGCGUUCUUUUCUGGCGUACGGUGCCUGUCAAGGGGCUGCAUGACUUGAUGGGACGCCCGAAAUAAGCACAGAGUUGGCUCAGCCCUUUUUUUCCAGCUAUUUGUUGAACAAAAUAAACAAGAAUUGUAUACUUCAAUUGAUUCUUUGUUACAAUGAUAUUUUCCAUAGAUCCUGUAACUUUUCACACUCCCUUGAUAGCUAAAGGUGGUAUUUCAUUUGACAGGUGCAACAGCGGAUCACUGCUAGCCUUCACGGUAUAUUUAUACCAUCGCGAUGGUAUCGUAAGAGACGAAUAAUAGGAGUACCCGUUUGGUUGCCUGCCAUAGCAACUGAGAUUAUUGUGUAUGCUAUUACUAUUAAUAUUGUCAUACCACUAGUCAGACGAAAACAAUUCAUAGGACGAGACCAUGGCCCGAUACCUAUCGAGGACCGUUCUCUUGGGGGCCCAGUGGAUUGGCAAGGCGUUUGUAUCGAUCAGGAGAUCAAGAAGUGGGAGGCCCAGACCGUAUCGCAGGCCCAGUCAGGACAUGCAUAAAUGAUUGGGGGUCUACUCUUGUUAUGUCAAUUCUGCUUGUUUUGAACAACGUGGGCAAAUUCUAAGCCUCGCACUAAGAAACGAUUCACAAAAGCUUUCCUUUCGCCCAUGUAUUUCCCUAAUGUGAAUUGCUAAGCCCGGUGCUAACAGGUGUCGCAGAACGGAAAUGUACUAGACUGUACAGUAUCAGAGCUGCCGAAAUCAAGCCAUGACAUUCAAAUCCACUCAAGAACACGUUGUCAAAAAAUUGGAUUGCUGUAGUAGGCCAUGCUCGGUUCAAAACCAGUCGUAGUACAAGUAAAAGUAUACGAGCUAUUGAAAAAAUCAAACAAUUCAGUAUCGUUUCGGGCUCCAUAGGGGCAACAUCUCCUAAAAAAACUUAGUUUCGGUUAUAAAAAUAACAAAAUUUUUGUGUUAAAAAUAAAAUUUUUUUGUUGAAACGCAGAGAGAGCUUGUCGAAAAGUUCAAUAUUUUUUAAUAAAUUGUCAUCGGAUGUGCUUGUGUAUGAAUACUUGUUGUUUUGUCGCUGCACCACUAAAAUAACAGCCGGUUUCGAAGACGCGCUGAUUAGAAGUUGUUGCUCUUUUUGCGAAGUUAUCAAUGGAAUGCAGUAGUAUUUUGAUUCUGCAAGUAGCUCAGCUAUUUCUUUGUUAGUUUCGGGUAAUGGGACACUGCCAUCGCGCAAGAAGUUGAGUAUGAUUCCAAAAUGGUUUCCACAGCGAUCUAUUAGUAUCCAACCUUCUGAAUCAGUUAGCACCUCCAUGCGACCACUAAACAUAGCGCUUAGCAUUGUAUCAUUAUGCUUCGUCAGUGUUCCGAUUGUAGUAUAAUAUAAGCGACCACCAACAUUCAGCUUGACAUACUGAGACGAAUGCCCUUUUAACAGCACUUUCUGAUCACCGGACAUGGCUUCAGACUGCUUGGCAUGAAGCACAAAUUGGUGGCUACUUUCUGCAGGUGCCAAAAUCACUUUGUGUUAAAAAUAAAAUUUUCCUAAAAUUGAAAAUGUGAAAAAAACCAGAAGAGCACUUACACAAAUCGGCAGUUAAGGCUAAUGGCAGACAUUCUUAGACGUCGAUAUAUCAGCCAAGACACAUACACGCACAAUGCGACACAACGCGUUGCAACGCUGCUAGGAAAGCCCUGUAAACUGAUGUGACGCUCUCCGUUGGAUGGAACAACAUCUGCUGCUGGAGUUACACAAACAAAAUGUGUUUCUGGCGAGCCCACGACCCUCGGAAGGGUAUAGUUGUGCGGAAAACACACUUGAACACUCUUAUUUCGAUAUUUGAAAUGAUGGCAUCUUCUACUUCUACGAAUCACAAGGCGACAACUCUACUUAAACUGGCGAACAAUCCUCUACUCUGGUACACAGCCAUCCUUGACGGA